UUCAGUGUUCUGACCGUGUCAUGUGGAUGUCAAAACACCAAACUGACAGGCUUUGGGGUUGAAAUCUCCUCAGCGACCCUUUCUUAAAUCUCUGUCUGGGGUCUCAAGGCUCUCCGCCACCGUAAGGACUCCUCCGUAGAGCGCUACGAAAGGCCGGGCUCCGGCGAGAGCGAUGGCGGACGGGGAACGGUCGCCGCUGCUGUCCGAGCAGCACGACGGGACCAACGGCUUCUCUCCCGGGGGCAGCUCGCAUGGAUACCCGUCCAAGCCUCAGAGUUUGGUGCCGUUCCCCAGCUCGGUGGUUCCAGGUGAGGCUCCGCCCCCGUACUCGCCACAGGGCAGCCCGGACAGCAGCAGCACUCCGAUCAUCAGCUGUCGGGUCUGUCAGAGCGCCAUAUCAGUGGAGGGAAAGACGCACCAGCAUGUGGUGAAGUGCAGCAUCUGCAACGAGGCUACGCCGAUAAAGAACGCUCCUGUUGGAAAGAAGUAUGUCCGCUGUCCGUGUAACUGUCUGCUGAUUUGCAAAGUCACCUCGCAGAGGAUCGCCUGUCCGAGACCAUACUGUAAACGCAUCAUCAACCUGGGACCAGUUCACAUCGGCAGGGACAGUCCUGAACCGCAGCAUCAACCUGUCGGCAUCCGGGUCAUCUGUGGACACUGCUCCAACACAUUCCUGUGGACUGAGUUUUCAGACCGGACCUUGGCUCGAUGUCCACACUGCCGAAAAGUCUCUUCUAUUGGGCGGCGGUACCCCAGGAGGAGGAGCCUGCUGUGCCUCCUGCUGUUCGUCGUCCUCGCCGCCUCCACCGCGGGACUGAUGGUCGGGACGUGGAAGUCCGCCCAGAACUCUAAAGGGAUCUACGUUUCGUGGGUGCUGCUGAUCCUGCUCGGUCUGUUCACCAUGGCAAGAACCAUCUACUGGAAGUGUCUGAAAAUCAGCGACCCCAUAUCCAACAUCACGUAGGGAGAGAGAGAAGGAAGUAAGGAAGGAAGGUGAGAGGGCUAGUGGAUGAAGAGAAGGAGGAAAGGAGUUAGCGUUGUGGUGAGAAAGAGGAAAAAGGGAGGGAUGAAGAGGGACGACAGAAGAUGUAGAGGUGGGAGGUGAGGAGGCAGAGAAGAAAACAUGUAUUUAAGUUUGCAAAGGCCGGACAAAAGGAAGCAGAAGAAUGUUUGUUUUGGCCAGUAGUUCCCUUCUUUGUUGUCGGACUAACAUGUUGUUUCAAAGCCUGAUGGUUUCAGGCUGUUCUGUGCACAACAUUUAUUUAAACUGCUGCGUUUUUAAUUUUCCUGCCCCAAAAUGAAACGAUAACAAAAAAAGUAAUGAGAUUCAGGCAUCAGUCGAGUCUUUGUGUGGAGAGACUGAGGGAUGAACGUUUUAAUUAGCCUUUAAUUUAUAAAUUCACACCCAAUAGGAGAAAUACAGUAAUUAAUCCUAAUCAAGCAUCAAGCUGGAGCAUCAAUUUACUCAACACCUCACUCUGUGUCACGUUUCUUACCCUCUCAUCACAUUUUCUGGAUCCAUUCAGAUCCUGGAUCUUUGCUCCACCCUGACGGAGCAGCUGAAUCCCACUUCACUGCUUUCAAACUGAUGACAAACAGGAAGGAAAAUAAACGCUUCCCAUUCAAAGGAAUAUUUUUGACAUUUUGGGAAAUGCACAUAUUCGCCUAUUAGUUAGAAUAUUUAUACCACUCUCACAUCUGUAUGUUAAAUAAGCAGCUACAGUCAGUUAGCUUAGCUUAGCAUAAAGAUUGGAAGCAGCUCGCUAAUUAACUUGUUAUAUUUCUUUUGCUUAGGUGGUUAAAAAACAAGAAGUUGUGCUUGUACUGGGUGUUAAGUGAGAGAGAGCUAGGCUAGCUGUUUCCCCCUGUUUCCAGUCUUUAUGCUAAGCUAAGAUAAGCAGCUGCUGUCUGUAGCCUCUUAUUUAAUACACAAACAUGAGAGUGUUAUUGAUCGUCUCAUCUAACUCUUGGUGAGUUUGAUUGUUUCUCAGUAUUUUUUUAGCCGUUACUUUUAGCUGAUUUACUUUAAGGGAUAAAACCCGUCAGCCAAUCAGGCUUUGACGCCACACAAACUUCUCACCAACCACAAAGUCCUGAAAACAUUAGGCGGGCAUUGUUCAAUAAAUCAAGAGAUCUUCUGUGAUCAUAUGUGCUACUCUGACAAGAUAUUAUUUGAAUUAUGCUUGUUGUAAAAUGCAAAGCUAACAUGCAGAAUAUGGUGAGGGACACGCAGUUAAAGGAUGUAAACAGGGACUUUUCUAGAUCAUUAGACGGGCAUUAGUUCAGAGGGAGUGGCAUCAUUUUCUUGACAUGUUUUCAGUCCGGUAGCUUUUCAGCGCUCAGAUCAUCUCACGCAGGGAUUUACAGGCUUUUCAUUCAAUUCACUCGUGUUUUGUUUCAUUUGAAAAUGAUUCAUAUCAAAGAAACUUCGAAGGCUGAUUGAAUGAUCACUUGUCCAGAGUUGAUCUAAACUGGACUCGAAAUGAUUGAAACAUUCAUGAUUUCAGAAAUAAACGCUUCAUGUUCUGCUAAAUGUUUUUUUUUUAACUAAAGCUCAGAAGUGCAGUUUUACCUGUUUGAAUCACUGAUCUGAACCACCUGAAGCUCACACAGGAAGUGGUUUAUUUAUUUAUGAUUGAAUUCACACCGUGUUAUUUGGAUCAAACUGAAUUGAGUUGACACACUAGUAAAACCUGUUCCAGUGUCUCUGUGCUUCGGUGUAAAUAUGUUCAGUGGAUGUGGAUUACUUUGGACUGUACAGAAUUAUCAGAGCUGUUGCUUCCCUCUUGUGGCUGAUUAAUGUAAGUACCUGCUGACUGUGAAACAUGUUGCACUACAUUGUACUGAUGUACUACUACUGUAUGUUUUUGUCAAUAUCCUUCAGGUGGAUGGAUUGUUUUUGUUUUUGUAAAAUGUGAAACAAAUGAAUACUUUUAACAAGG